AUGUCAGAGAACUUGAAAAGAGCGGAGUCCUUGUUCAACCGCAUCAUGAACCCGAACAAGCCGCAGCAGGAGACAAGAAAAACCUCAAACUCAAACAAUUACAGACAAAAUAACGGUAGUUCACACACUCACAGCAACGGCCUGAACAACUCGCAUCAUCGCCACUCAUACAAAUACAACAGAUAUAACCACACCAACACACCAGCGGCUUCUGUGGUGGCCGACCUCCCAAAAAGAAAUCCAGCCCAAGAAGCGGCAGAUGCUGUGGCACUAUUGUCGAGUUCUGAGCAUGUAUUGCCCUACUGUUGGGCUAUAUGGCACCAUUCGAGAACAAAGAGGGUAGCGGAAGAAAACAACGAUGAUGCCUCCAGUAACAACUCAACUAAGACCAAAGGUGCCGACUCGUAUCUACAGAACACGACGGAAAUCGAAUUUCCGCAAUAUGGCCACCCAGACCGCAAAAUCAAAACAAUUGCGUCACUCGAGCAAAUGUGGUUGAGCUUGUCUACACUCAAAAAGCUGUAUAACUUGGCAUAUGGCACCGAGCUCUUGGUCUUUAAAGCCGGAGUGAAUCCCGUGUGGGAAGAUCCAAACAACGCUAAAGGUGGGCGCUGGGUUUUCCGUUUCAACCACCGCAACAACAGCAAUAGUUUGUCUGACGAUUAUCAAGAAACAGUGCGGGCCGGACGCCGUCGUGCCACAUUGAUAUGGGAACGUUUAUUGCUUAAGACGUUAGCUGGGUCAAUUAUUCCUGAACAGGCUCAGAAUAAGGUAUCGCAAAUGUUGGGCGAUAUUGUUGGAUUGGUAUUGAGUGUGCGCCGCGACGAAGAGAUCAUUAGUGUGUGGAAUUCUAAUUUGCACUUUGGGCGCAAGACUGGUGACGAUGACGACGAUAGAAAGAAACUUACGCCGUUCCAAGCUCGGCGUGUCAUUUGCGAUGCCGUGUUGAGAGUGAUUCGUGAAUGUGACGUGAUUCUCCAAGGCUCUGACUGCAUCGAAACGGUCGCAGGUGCAUCUACAGAGCGAGUCAGCGGGGUGACGUUUGAAUACAGACUUCAUCUGGACAGUUUUUCGCUUUACGGAUCAGGCGACCGCAGACGGGGUGGCAAACACCACCACUCCCGCGAGAAGGAAGAACAGGAGAAGGAUGAUCAGGAUAAUGACGACGAAAACAACAGCGCCGAGAAGAACGGUGACAUUAGCAUGUAG